AUGUCAGCCACACCUUGUGGCCUUCGCUUGGUCGUCUAUCGUCCGCUGAAACUUGUAUCUGCUUUCCCUGAUUAUGUGUCCUUCCGGCACUUCUCAUCUACUCGCUCUUGUCUGGCAGAAGAGAGGCUCUCGAAUACGCCGCAGAGCCUGCCUAUCUCUGAGGAAACAGAGAAUGCUAAAACAAAUCGUGAAAAGAAUAAAGAAGCCGUGUCGCUUCGCCAGAAACUGUAUCGCGCCAGGCACCCAGGAGCCCGUGAAGAAUAUAUGAGAGAGUACUAUCAAAACAACAAGGAUCGACUCAAAUCAUACUAUGCCGAUAAGCCAGAGGCCCGCAAAGCAGUCCGCCAAAGGUUCUACCAACAACACAGAGAAAGACUUCGGGCUCAGCAAAACCAAUAUCGUGCCGAUAAUGCAGAUGCAAUCAACGAAAGGAAUCGAGCAAAGUAUCAGGAGAACAAAGAGGCAAUGCAGGAGUACUAUCGGCAAUACCGUUCUCGCAACCCUGAACGGCAAAAAAUUGCCACCGAAAAGUACUACGAAAAGCACAAGGAGGCUACCAGAAGUCACCAACGUCAGUAUCAGCGUCAGUAUCGUCAACGACUGAAGGAAGCCACAGCUGAAGAGAGAGCUGAAAAGAAAGCUGAGCGCGAGAGGCUGCGUGCACUGGCGAGAGCUGAGCGUGACGAGCAGAAAAGGCGUCUCGCACAAGAAAGAGCUGCGAUGAAGAGUGAUCAAGCCGCAGCAAGGAAAGCCGAGCGGGAAAGACUGCGUACUGAAGAGAAAGCUCAGCGUGCAAAGGCCAGAGACGACCGUGCUCAGCAAAGAAGACGUCUGGCAGAAGAGCAAGCCGUGAUAAACAAACAAAGAGUCGCAGCACAGAAGUCCGAGCGCGAGAGACUGCGCGUCAAAGAGGAAGCUCAGCGUGCACAGGCGAGGAUUGAGCGUGCUGAGCAGAAGAGGCUGUUCGCAGAGAAAAAAGCUGCGAUCGCUGGCGAACGAGUCGAACGUCUCGCAGAGAAAGAAAAAUCAAUAAGCGACCGAGUCACCUUGCUUCGGCAGAUCGCAAGACAGAAGAGGCUUGACGGCUCGAAACCGGAAGGUGGACCAUAG